AUGGACACAGACACAGGCAUGCACCAAAACCAACACAACAACCAACAGUUCAAAAUCCAGCACCACAACAACAACAACAACCAGCACAACAACCACCUCCACAACCAGCACAGCAACCAACAGUUCAAAACCCUGCACAACAACCACCUCCACAACCAGCACAGCAACCAACAGUUCAAAACCCUGCACAACAACCACCUCCACAACCAGCACAACAACCACAAACAGAGCAAGGACAUAAAAGAAGUAGAGAACAAGGAAACCAAGAUUUCUUAA